AUGAAGUCAGGCAUGAGAUUCUUUGACGAAAGAGAUGACAUUUACAGCUAUUUCAGAGGAUAUGAGUAUGAGGUACUGAAUGAAGUAGAUGAAAGCGUUAUUGAAGGAUAUUUGAAACAUGUUCACGAUGUCAUAUGUAAUGAGGAUGAAGAGCUUUAUGAGUAUGCUUUGAACUGGUUCGCCUACAUCGUUCAAAAUCCUUGUGGAAAGACUGGAACAGUACUUUUGUUAACAGGAAAGCAAGGAACUGGUAAGAAUGUACUUAGUAAUGUUCUAUGCGAGCUCAUUAGCAAGUACGCCAACAAUAAUAUAACGGCAAUAGAGAAUGUGGUUGGUAGAUUCAAUGCUGCUAUUGAGAACAUGAAGCUCAUCGUAUGCAAUGAACUAAGCUCAUGCGAUACGUCUAAGGUCAUGAACCACGACGCACUAAAGUCAAUAGUAACAGAGACUCAGUUGGACUUAAAUCAGAAGUGUCAGCCAGUAAGAAAGAUAGAGAAUGUUUGUAAUAUCAUCAUGAUAUCUAACAACUUCAACUCAGUAAAGAUUGACAAAGACGACAGAAGAUUUGUUGUCAUUGAUGUAAGCAGCAGAUACAAAGGAAAUUACGAAUAUUUCUCAAAUCUCAUUGAAAGCUUUAAUGAAGAGUUUUAUUCAAACUUACUGACGUACUUCAUGAAGAAAGAUUUAAGUGAAUUUGAUGUAAGGAAGAUACCAUUCACCAGGGCUAAACAAGAACUCAUCGAAAUGAACAAAACACCUUACCAAAUGUUUUACGAGGAGUUCUAUGAAAAGUUUGUAUCCGGAUGGAAUUGUACAGAGUGCUACAGAAGAUAUAAAGAAUUUGCGAAGGAGAAUGAAUUCUUUGCAUGUAGUUCAAAUGUAUUUGGUGGCAAGAUGAGAGAAUUUGUGAAGAGAAGUAGAAAGCGAGACGGUUCUGCAAGAAGUUAUAUUUAUGAAGCAA